CUGGAACGGCAUCGCUUGAGAAGGACACCCAGAUCCACAGCUUCUUUAUCUUCUCCCCUCACAAUCGCAGUCUGCCACCAGUCAGGUCUGUAGGUCUGUGAGACCAUGCUGCAGCUGCUCUGCUGCUGAGAGGCAAUAUAAAAUCGAAAACAGGAAACCACCAGGUACCAGAAACAACAAAAGGCACUGGCCCAUACUGUAACAGUUGAAAUGGAGGUUCCCACUUCUUUAGGACCCACAGAAGCCAAAGAGAACGCCUCGUCCCCAAUAGUUAACAGUUCUUGUGAAAAUCUGGAAUGCUACAUGGUCCUUAUGAAGGCAGAAAGGACAGCCAUCGGCUCCAUCUGUUUCCUGGCAGGUCCCAUUACACUGCUGGAAAACGCUCUUGUGUUGGGAGUGAUCGCUGCCACAGCCACCCUGCGGCGACGGCCUUCAUAUCUGUUCAUUGCCAGCCUUGCUCUGGCUGAUAUCUUUGCCAGCUGCUUCUUCACCACCAGCUUCCUGGACUUUCACCUCUUUCACCACAGUGAUGGCCCCACGGCCUACCUCUUUAAAUUAGGUGGUGUCACCAUGGCCUUCAGUAGCUCAGUGGGGAGUUUACUGCUGACUGCUUUGGACCGCUACCUCUGCAUUCAAAAGGCCCCCAGCUAUAAGACAGUGCUGACCCGCCGGCGAGCCCUGCUGAGCCUGCUGAUCCUCUGGAGUGCCACAAUCUUCAUCUCUUUCUUGCCUCUGAUGGGCUGGAGGUGUCACACAGAGCUUACUCCACCCUGUUCACGCCUCUUUCCCUACAUCAACCAGGGUUAUCUGGCCUGCUGGACCAGCUUCAUCCUUGUGCUUCUGGCUCUCAUUCUGGGGGCUUACGUUCUCAUCCUGUGGAAGGCCCACCGCCAUGAGUCCUCCAUGACCAACCUCCAGGGAGCAGCAGGUACAGGCCAGGCCCGCAUGAGGAUGGAUAUCAGGCUAGCACGUACCUUUGGUCUGAUCCUACUCAUUCUUGUGGGCUGCUGGCUUCCUGCACUCUCCUUCAUGUUAGCUGAUGUCUCUGUGAUCCUUACCCACACCCAACAGAGAGCCUUCGCCUUUUGCAGCACCCUCUGCCUGGUCAACUCUGCCGUCAACCCACUGCUGUAUGCACUGCGCUGUCGAGAGUUAAGAGUCGCUCUACUGCAGCUGCUACAGAAGCUGUGUGAGGUUGGGAAGUGUAAAAGAGCAGCAGAAUGCGUACCACCAGGGUUACCCUCUGCAGAAGAGUCCAGGAACAGAACCACCCGACUUAACUCGAUCUCAGAAGUGGUGAACAAUCAGAAAAUGAGUUAAGGAGUAGCUGUAGAUAGAGAAGUGUCUGUGUUUAUGGCAGCGUGCUUGGGGUGUAAAAACAGACAUUACUCACAACUUCACUGUAGAUUCAGAUUAAUAUCUAAAAUAUCUGUGAGCAGGAUUCAUCUAUCAUUCAUUCAUCAUACUCAAACUUGUCUUUUUGAUAGAAUUUACUGUGGUAAAGGCUGCUGUAGUAAAGACUAUUAAACAUAACUAAAAUAACUGGUGAUAACUAAGAUCAGAAAUGUAUAUAAUGUGGGAAACGUGCUACAAAUUUAGUUUUACUUGCAGUUACAAGAUACACGGAAAAGACAGCUUGUAAGAAGAAACCAUUAACCUUGGCAAAUAUUUUGUCACCAUGAGCUAUUAAUUUGAUCAUAUAAGUAUGGUAGGAUUUCAAAAUAUUGCUAUCUACAGCUAGGAGUGUUUUUACAUUUUGGUGAUGAGUGGAAGAAAGACACUAGUAACAGAUUUCAGUAGAAACAAUGCUAAAUAGGCUUUGGCAAACAUUUUAGUGUAUGUGACGAUCCAACCCAUAACCUUUAACCUCUCCACCCCCCGUGACUCUCUCUCUCUCUCUCUCUCUCUCUCUCUCUCUCUCUCCUUUUACAUGUGUCCUGUGAACUGAAGUGCUGACUUAACUUCUGGGUUCACCACACAGUAGAAAAGUGUAUUUAUUGUUCGUGUCCUUGUUUAUGUUUGAGGAUUGUCCCUCGGCGUGCAGGAAAAGAGGACCCUGUGGGUUGCCCUUCCUAUCUGCACAUGAAUGCCAGGACUCCACAAAGGCCCCUAGCACGGGAGGAUUUCACACAAUGUUCACCACAUGAAUCCCAAGCAGUGUGCCGAGGUAAAUGGGACACACGCCAGGAAGAGAACGAGCAUGGACGCUAGAACACUCUCUGCAAUGGUCACAACUGGCAGCUGCAGUGAAGAACAUAUUGACAGACAUUGACAUGCACUUAAACUCACAGGUGCCAUUGGAUACCAGACAGAACAUGUGUAAACUGCUAUAUCAACUGAUUAAAAAAUAAUACUUGACCAUA